UCUCUGAGAGAUGUGCAGUUUUCGGCUGUUCAAACCGAGCAAAUUCUGCGGAAGGAAUUUCUCUUCACCGUAUACCAUUUUACGGUGAUGAGCGUCCUGAAGCGAAGCGAAGACGUAAAAUCUGGGUGAAUUUUGUUGCAAGAAAGCGCGCUCGAUGGACACCGACUAAGUAUUCGGCUGUUUAUUAUGGUGAUGGCAAAGUAAUUUGGGCAAAGUUCAAAUCUUUCCUGAGUCACAUAGUAGACAAGCACACCAAUUUGGAUGAUCCACUGUUUUCAAGUUGUUUUCAUGGCCCUGAUAUUCAACCAAGGGAAUAUUUGUUAGAAGGUUCAGUUGCUCAUGAAACAGUUGCUAAAUUGUUACACCCACAGCUGAUGAAGUCAAUUCACCAGGCUUCACCAGUUGCUCAAACAAGUUGUUUGGAAGGAUUCCAUUCUGUCCUGAAUCAUUUUGCUCCAAAAAUGAUUCAUUAUUCCUAUGUUGGAAUGUAUUGCAGACACAUUUUGUCAUCCAUCCACUUCAACAACAACUUAAGGCGUGAUGUAAAGAUGAAGAAUGAUGGCACUUUCCAAAUAAAUGUGGUGUAUCCAAAGUUUAAAAAUGGUGAAGGAACUGUGAGGGAUGUCAGAGUUAAGCCCAAAUUUGAGUUUGUGGAUGAAUUAUUUGAGAGUGCGAUGCUGUCAAUAAAAGACAAAGAUGCAUUAUCAAAUUCACAAAAUCUUUUGAAAGAAAUGUCCCCACCACCAAUGAAUGUCAUGCUGCAAAAGCAACCCAGAUCUGAGGUGCUAGUAAAACAGGUCCGUCGCACGUGCAUUGUGGUCAAUGUCCCCCCACAAUUCCAGCUACCAGUUUGCCAUUCAGCUGUCAGUCAAAAGUGGCAGUUUCAAAAGAAAAAAGUCAGCCAAAAUGUUUGACAUGCAAGAAGCCAAUGAAAGGUCACAAACAUGUGGCAGAUUGCCCAAAAAAUAAGAAAACUUAAUUUUCACAUCACUCAUUUAUUUCAUUUUCUUCGUACCCUCUAAAUUCCAACUUUUUAUCAUUAAAUUUUGAUCUUAUUGCAUGGUAUGCACAUGCUGGUAAUGGUCUUCUUUCUUCUCCUAAGCAUCCAUAAAUCAUAGAUGUGAAUUCGCUGUACGCAACACAUCGUAAAAACCUAAAUAUAAAGCCAAAUCGUUACUAAUGUGUCAUAACACUAAAAUAUACUUAAAUACUGGGAAAUAACAUAAUAUGCUAUCAUACAUGUUUUCAGAUCCUGUUUCUCUGUAUCGUCUUUGUUCUCUGGUUUUGUAUUUCCUAGCAGCCAUUUUUAGCGACCACUUUUCCAAACGAACUGUUCUGAAACCUGGGUGUAGAGUGACACAACAUGGAAUAGUUGACAGAUCUGCCAGAACCGACUGGUGUGUUAAGCUUUCAGCCACAGACUUAAGUUCUUGGCAGCACCAGGCCUCUAGAGGAUUCUGAAGAAGUGUAACUUGACAAAAACCACACUUGCACCUGAUCAAUAAAGAAAAUCACAUUAAAAAAUUGUAAUCGAGCAUC